AUGACCCUCCCACCCCUACCCCUCCCAACAGGCAUAACCAGCCGAACCAUCCAAACCACCGAUCUAAACAUCCACAUCCUAGAAGCCGGCCAAACCCCAACAAACGACAAACCCCUAAUCGUCCUCCUCCACGGCUUCCCAGAAAUAGCCUACUCCUGGCGUCGCGUCCUCCCCAAACUCGCAGCCGCAGGCUUCUACGUCGUAGCCCCAGACCAACGCGGCUUCGGUCGCACAACAGGUUGGGACACCCGCAGCCACGCAGAAGUCGACCUAUCGACCUUCACCAUCUCAACUCUAGUUCGGGACAUCGUCCUCCUAGUUCAUGCACUAGGCUACCGCUCCGUGCGCUGCAUCGCGGGCCACGACUGCGGCGCCGCCUCGGCAGCCGCAUGCGCCCUCAUGAGACCGGACUUCUUCCAGAGCGUGGCGCUCAUGAGCCACCCGUUCAAUGGGAGUCCUGAGUUGCCGUUUAACACGGCGAAUGAGGGGGUGGAUGUGGCGCGGUUUGUAGCUGAGAAGGCGAAGGCGGCGGCGGGUGUGCACGAGGAGCUUGCGAGGAUGGGUCGCAAGCAUUAUAAGUGGUAUUACUCGACUAAGGAGGCUGGGCCUGAGAUGUCGGAGCUUGGGCCUGAGGAGAUGCGUGGAUUUUUGCGGGGGUACUUCUAUUUGAAGAGUGGGUCGUGGGAGGGGAAUCGGCCGCAUCCGUUGGGGAAGUGGGCUGCGGCUGAUUUGGCAGAGUUGCCGGGGUACUAUAUCAUGCCGUUGGAGGCAUCGAUGCCGGAGACUGUGGCGAGGGAUAUGGCGGUUGAGUCGUCCGGGGUUCUGGCUUCGCACUCGUGGCUGCCUGACGAGGAACUGGCGGUUUAUGCGGGUGAGUAUGGACGCACGGGUUUCCAGGGCGGAUUGAAUUGGUAUCGUAUUCGCACUGCGGAUGGUGGUCGGUAUGCGAAGGACGUUGAGGUCUUUGCUGGGAAGAAGAUUGAGCAGCCGUGUGCUUAUGUUUCGGGUAAGUUGGACUGGGGUAACUACCAGGAGCCUGGGGCUAUUGAAAAGAUGAAGGACGGAGUCUCGUGCGCGGACUUGCGUAUCUUCCGCCUUGUCGACGGAGUUGGGCAUUGGACACCUCAGGAAAGUCCGGAAGAGGUGGUGCGAGCCAUUUUGGAUCUGAUCGAAGGCUUGCCUCAGUGA